GAUGUUUUUUACUUACUCUCGCGUUUUAGCUUCAAAUCAUUUGAGGUUGAGUUUAAAAUGCGCUAAUAGGCGGUUUGCAUCGGCUGUUCCUACAGCCGCUGAUAUACCUAUUGAGACGAAUCAAGAGAACAAGGAAAAGUUAUCUGCACCUAAAACGAGUGAUUCUUUCUGUAUGAAUUUGUUUUUGGGCAAAGCAGUGUUGGGACAAGUGUUUCCAUAUCCAUUGAAUUUGGAUGAUGAGCGACGUGAAAUGCUUCAAAUGGUUUUGGCACCAACUGAAAAAUUUCUCGAAGAAGUUAAUGACCCUUUUAAGAAUGACGAAACUGCAUUAAUUCCCUCUGAAAAAUUAGACCAAUUUGCGGAAUUGGGAGCUUUUGGAGCUGUAGUUCCUGAAAAAUUUGGUGAAUUGCUGAAAUUGUUGGUGCAAAUGAUCUCGGACUUGGUGUCACUAUGGUCAAUUGGCUACAAAGGUAUUUUGUUGUAUGGCACUCCUGCUCAACAAGAAAAAUAUUUACCCGAUUUGGCAACUGGGAAACGAUUUGCUGCUUAUUGUCUCACAGAACCUAGUUCUGGUUCUGAUGCAAAUUCGAUUCAAAGCCGUGCACAAAAGUCAGAAUGUGGCAAAUUCUAUAUACUUAAUGGCGGAAAGAUUUGGAUAAGUAAUGGUGGAAUUGCAGAUGUUUUUACUGUAUUUGCUCAGACUCCAAUAUCACAACCUGAUGGCUCUACAAAGGAUAAAGUUUCUGCUUUUAUAGUUGAAAGACAAUUUGGAGGGGUAACAAAUGGACCUCCAGAGAAGAAAAUGGGAAUUAAAGGGAGUAAUACAACAGAAGUACAUUUUGAUAAUGUAAAGAUCCCUGUAGAGAAUCUUUUGGGUGUGGAGGGAGAAGGAUUUAAAGUAGCAGUGAAUAUAUUGAAUAAUGGACGCUUCAGUAUUCCCGCAGCAACAACUGGCUCAAUGAAAUAUUGUAUUCAAAAAACAAUUGAACAUGUCAAUCAACGUGUGCAGUUUGGAAAGAAGCUUAAGGAAUUUGGACGUAUUCAGGAAAUUUUAACUGAUAUGGUUAUUCGACAUUAUGUUGCCGAGAGCAUUACUUAUAGUUUGGCUUCCAAUAUGGAUGCUGGUGCUACGGAAUAUCAAUUGGAGGCUGCAAUAGGUAAAAUUGUCAGUUCAGAGAAUGCUUGGCAGGUGUGUGAUGAUGCUAUACAAUUACAUGGUGGAAUGGGAUUUAUGCGUGAAUGUGGAUUAGAGCGAGUACUUCGCGAUUUGCGAAUAUUUCGCAUUUUUGAAGGAGCUAAUGAUAUUCUCCGUCUUUUUGUUGCUUUAACAGGAAUGCAAAUAGCUGGAAAACAUUUACAACAAAUUGCAAAUGAUAUAUUUUCUGGAAAUAUUUCUGCUCUUGUUGGAGAAGUUAGUAGACGGGUUUUUCGAACAAAUGGUUCUGAAAAAAUUUCUGAUCUUGUACAUCCAAGUUUAAAAAAUGAUGCUUCAACACUUAAUUCUUUAAUUGUUAAAUUUGGCAAAACUGUGGAACAGUUACUCAAAAUGCAUAGAAAAAAUAUUAUUGAACGUCAAUACGAACUAAUUCGAGUUGCAAAUGCUGCUAUUGAUAUAUACAGCAUGGCGGUAGUACUUUCCCGUUGUAAUUAUGCGCAAGAGAAAACUGGCGGGUGUUCAGCCCACGAUCAAAAAAUUGCCAAUCUUUUUUGUCGCCAGGCAGCUAAACGUGUGAAUGCAAAUUUAGAUGAAGCAAUGGGGCCUAGUGAGAGGGAAAUGGAUUUGAUUGCGCAGAUUGCCGGUAAUGUUUGCGAGAAUGGAGCUAUGGUCCAAAAACACCCUGUAGAUUUGUAA